GGGAUGACUGUCACAGCAUGGCUUGAUAAGUGGUGCAUGGGUCCAUGCCCAGGAUCCAAACAGGCGAACCCCGGGCCGCCAAAGCAGAGUGCGUGAGCUUAACUGCUACAUCACGAUGCAGGCCCCUGUAUUAAGUACUCUUAUUGAGGAAACCACAUGUGUGAUUUGAGAGAGAAUGGUGGAGAAAUUCCCUUAAAUGAAAUUCUUUUAAAUGAGACUAUAAAUGUCUUUUGGGGGGCUGAGUAUGAGCAAUGUGGGAACUGCUCUUCUGUUCCAGGGCUGGCACAGAUAGGUACUCAAUAAAUAAAAAGCUCAAUAAAUAAACUGCAAAAUAUAAAGCCCUUGAAGGGUUUAAAUAAGUUUGUAAAAGUGUCAAAAUAACUUGGGCUGUUAGGUUCUUAAAUUUCUUUGUUUCUUCUUGUGUUACUCACUGAAGAGAAGCGUUUCAUCACUGUACCUGUUGUGUGGUUUAUUAUCACUAAAGACUGCUUUCUAGAAUACAGUAGGUUGCUUUUGUUUGAUGUUUUGAUGAGCAGGAAUACUGGUCAUGGAUUUUCUAGACCUCGGUUCUAAAUUUUACCACUUCUUCAUGAGGUGUCCUCAUCCUUGUCUCCUAACAUAUCUGGUAAUUUCAGUUACCGUUCUCUGCAUCUUCUCUGUAACAUGUCUGCUGAGGAAAAAUCAGAGCCGAGAGAGAGAAGCUAAGUUACAUUUAGAGCAGAAGGGAAAAUAUGUGAUGGGGACGAAGAGAGACUAAGAGGAAUUCCUUUAGAAGAGUGUAAUCACUGAAAACUCCUCUCUCGCAUGUAAUCUCUCUCACGCACCCAUAGAGCCUGAAGAGACCCUUGGGGGUCAUGGGCAUCACUGGGUUCCCUGACAGUUUAUCUGGAGUCACAGCAUGCAAGCAAGGUAAGACUUAACAGCACCAUGACAAAGCCAUGCCUAGGAGCACUUGUUCCUCCAAGGGCCAGGCCCCUUCACGCACAUGCACACACACACACACACACACACACAGGUGGUGAUCUUUGUGAAGCCUGUGCAUUGCCCUGGCCCAGCUCCUGGUGGAGGAGAACUUCCAAGCCAUUGCCAUCCAGCAAGGGAUGCCCCAGGAGGAGAGGUGAGUCAGAGAUGGGGAAGACGUUUUGUGUCCUUGGGAGGAAAAGACGCCACUGAGAGAAGGAUCUCAACAUUUUUAUAAUUUCAUUUCUCAUGAAGGCUUUCUUGGUAUCAGCAAUUUAAAGGCUUUCAACAAUGAAUUCUUGUGGCUACCAACCUAUUCAGUGGAGGCAUGAACAUCGAGAGGGUGAACAUUGCCUUUAACUACGACAUGCCUGAGGAUUCUGACACCUACCUGCAUCGUGUGGCCAGAGCAGGCUGGUUUGACACCAAGGGCUUGGCCAUCACAUUUAUGUCACAUGAGAAUGAUGCCAAGAUCCUCAUUGAUGUGCAGGAUCGCUUUGAGGUCAGUAUUAGUGAGCUGCCUGAUGAGAUAAACAUCUCCUCCUACAUUGAACAGAUGCAGUAGAGGACUUACCCACCUAUUCUGGAAUGUGACAGUCUGUCCGUCUUCAGGAGGUGACACCAGGCAUGGGGGUAAAGGAGACACUACUGCCACCUACCCUUGACAACUCCCAACCCCCACGCCAUGGCUUCCCUCUUUUGCAUCACCACCACUCCUAAACCUCCAUUUCCUGAUUUGUCAGAACUUUUUUUCAACAAAACUAAAAAACA